AUGGCGGGCAAACGAGAGCUUGUGCUAGGUAUCUGUGCCCCGGGAAUUGUUGAGGUUCCGCCUGAUAAACCUCCAUCUAGACCUGUUGCAUAUGAGAUUGAUACAUCGGAUCAUUUUUACACUGAAAUGGCAACCCCUGACCGAGAUGAGUUGAUUAGAUGGGCUCGGGAGAUUGCCUUAAAGCUAAAGUUUGCAAUUGUAAUUGGCAAAUCCGACAACGGCAGCGAUAAGAGGAAGCAAUAUUUCAGGUUGGAUUGCGAGCGGGGAGGCCGGUACGUGUCAACAAAUAAGAAGCUAAAAUCUGAUCAAACCGGCACGAGGAAAUGCGGCUGUCCAUUUCGACUCUGUGGUUAUUGUCAUGCCGAUAAAACAUGGCAUUUGACCGUUGUAAACGGAAAACAUAACCACGAGUUGGACAAGGCAGUUGAAGGUCAUCUCAUUGUCGGUCGUCUCAAACCGAAAGAAAGGCAAUGUAUGGAGGAAAUGUCAAGGAAUCUGGUUCCGCCUAAGAAUAUAAUGUCCACAUUGAAAGAUAGGGAUCCAAACAACAAGACAACGGCAAAGCAACUCUACAAUUUAAGUCAUCGAUUAAAACUUAAAAUGAGGGCAUCAAUGACUGAAAUGCAACACCUCUCCAAAAGACUUGUCGAGACCGGGUAUUUUUUCAAACAUAGAACGGUUGUUGCAGACGGAUCCGAACAUGUUCAAGACAUUUUCUUUGCACAUCCUAAAUCUAUAAGUUUGUUCAAUUCUUUUCCUAUUGUGCUUUUGAUGGAUUCGACAUACAAAACAAACAAAUACAAAAUGCCGUUAUUUGAGAUUGUCGGAUUCACAUCAACUGGGAGAUCUUUCAAUGUUGCAUUUGCUUGGCUUACCAAUGAAAGAGAAGACAACUUCACUUGGGCUCUAGAGCAGUGUGUCAGUCUCUUAAGGAAUGAGGAUGUUAGACCGAAGGUGAUUGUCACCGAUAGGGAUUUGGCUCUGAUGAAUGCAGUUUCCGAGGUAUUUCCAACAUCGGCUGCAAUGGUUUGUCGUUUCCAUGUAAAAAAGAACGUGAGCUCUAAGAUGAAGGAAAUUGUGAAAAUCAAGAAUGGAGAGAAUGAGAAGCAGACUGAUGUGUGGGAUCAAAUCACCGAUGCUUUUAAUGAUGUGUUGGAGUCGCCAACGGAAAAAUAA